AUGGCAGACGACAAGGUGCGGCAGCGCAACCUGAAGCAGGCCGUCGAGGAUGAGGACAACCUCUUCGCCGGAACGCCGGCCGAGCAUUCGAGGGGAGUCGUGGAGGGGUCAACCAAGAAGAAGAGCAAGAAGUCCAAGAAGGCCAAGCAGGAAAUGGACGAGUACAGCCCCUGGCUCGACGUCCUGCGUCUCCUGAGCUUCCUGGCCCUCGCCUCGUGCGCCCUGAGUUACCUCAUCAGCAACGGCGAGAGCUUCUUCUGGGGUUUCCAGAACAAGCCCUGGUACCUCAAGGCAGACUACUGGAAGUCCAAGUUUAACGGCCCCAUCGAGCUCACGCCCGAAGAGCUCCUCAAAUACGACGGCUCCGACCCCACGAAACCAAUCUACCUCGCCAUCAACCACACCAUCUUUGACGUGUCGGCGAACCCGCGCAUCUACGGCCCCGGCGGCUCCUACAACGUCUUCGCGGGCCACGACGCCGCGCGCGGCUUCGUGACGGGCUGCUUCCUCGAGGACCGCACCCCCGACAUGCGCGGCGUCGAGGAGAUGUUCCUACCCCUCGACGACCCCGAGAUCGACCGCCACUGGUCCUACGCCGAUAUGAAGAAGCUGCAAGAGGAGGAGCUCGCCGAGGCCCACCGCCGCGUCCACCAGGCCCUCAAGCACUGGGUUGACUUCUUCAGCAAGAGCGACAAGUACCUCACCGUCGGCCGCGUCAAGAGGGAGCCUGACUGGUUGGAGAAGACCAAGAAGCGGAAGCUGUGCGACCAGGCGGCGCAGGGCAGAGUCAAGAGGAAGAUUCCCGGACAGGAGGAGGAGAAAUAA